UUUCCCUUUAUGUAACAAGCUCAACAAGUUUUUGAACAAAAACACGUUCUGUGUGAACGCCCCUCACACUUCUCCAGUAGAUGGACAGAUGAACAUGGAGACAUUGACAGUGCUGUUGUUUAUUUGGGUGUUCACAGUGUCGAAGGCCUUUAAUAUUGAUAUAGAGAAUCCACUGAGCUUUACUGGGAAACAUGAAGAUUUCUUCGGUUACAGCGUUUAUCAGUACGAGUCUGAACAUGGAAAACAGAUCAUUGUUGGUGCCCCGUUUGGAAGAAAUUCAUCUGGAGACAUGUACACCUGCAGCACAGAUCUGUUACACUGCACGCUACUGGCCAGUCCAGAAUGCACAAAUGUGGUGAAUGUGGAUGUGGUGUUUCUGUUCGACGGAUCCAAUAGUAUGAAAUCUAUGGAGUUUGAUAUGAACAAACCCUUCAUAAAAGACAUUAUGAGAAGUUUUUCAAAUUCAUCCAUAAAGUUUGCUGCAGUUCAGUUUUCUAGCAGAAGUCGGACAGUGUUUGACUUCAAUGACUUUCUGAACAACACAGCUGAAGAAAAACUUAAUAAAGAGCCUCAGAUGUCGACUUUGACAAACACACACUCUGCAAUCAACUAUGUUUUAAGUAACCUCUUCAAUAAUCAAUCAUCUGGAGCAGAUCUGAAAGCUACAAAAGUUCUGCUGAUUAUCACAGAUGGAGACCCUACUGAUAGGGAUACUAAGAAUAUCCUCAAAAGCUGUGAUGAACAAAAUAUCCUCCGCUUUGUUAUUGGGGUUGGAAAUAUUGAUCUGAAGAAACUCACUAGUCUGGCUUCAGUACCAAAACAAAACAACACAUUCUACAUUCAAGAUUACGCUGGACUCAAUGGAAUUAUUGACGACCUGAAAAACAAGAUCAACAGCGUUGAAGGGUCACGAGCUCUCACCUCAGACAGACAGAAUGAGAUAUCUUCGAGAGGAUUCAGUGUGGUCUCCAACAAGGACUCUGUGAUUGUGGGUUCGGUUGGAUCUAAUGAACAGUGUGGAGUUCUGUAUGAAGUGACUGAUUCGGGAUCUGGAUUCAGAAAGACAGAGAUUAAAGAUGCAGCUCUCAGUAAAGACUCUUACAUGGGUUACUCUACUGUGGUGGGACACAGAGGUGACGUGUCUCUUCUGUUCUCUGGGGGUCCGUCCUUUGAAGACAGGGGUCUGGUGACCCUCUUCACUAACACUGAAAAUACAUGGCGAGUGACGGGGAGAAUCACGGGAGAACAGAUUGGAUCAUAUUUUGGAGCAUCUUUAAGUUUGUUAGAUGUCGACUUGGAUGGAAACACAGAUUUUCUCCUUGUCGGAGCGCCAUUGUUUUCCCAGCCUCAUCCGAGGAGAGAAGGACGUAUGUACGUUUACGCUUUAACGGAGCAGUUCAUUCUGCAGCAGAUUCUCACUGUGAGCGAGUCAACAACUGGCAGGUUUGCUGCAUCGUUGGCGUCACUAAAGGACCUGAAUGGAGACAGUGUGCCGGAUGUAGCUGUUGGGGCGCCACUGGAGGAUGAAUGGGGAGUUGUUUACAUUUACCUCGGCGAGAGGAAACACGGCAUCCACCCGACACGUACUCCUCAGCGGAUUCCAGCACAGUCAGUUCUUCCUGGGAUACAUCAGUUUGGAGUGUCUCUAUCAGGUCAGAUGGACAUGAGCGAUGAUAAUCUGCCUGAUAUUGUAGUCGGAGCUCAAGGAGCGAUCGUACUGCUGAAAGCUCGGCCGGUGAUAUCUGUAUCUUCACAACUGAGUUGCAACCCGCAUGAAAUCAGUCUAAAGGACUUUGAAUGUCCGAGUGCUGAUGUGUUUCUCGCAUUUAACCUCACUUCUUGUUUCAAUGUGACGGAGAGGACCAUUAGCACAGGAUCAGUAAUACGGAGUCUGAAUGUAACGAUCAACCUAUACUUGGAUGAUUUAACAAAAACAAGUCGAGCAUUCUUUGAUCCAAAUCAUUCAUCAUCUAGAACUCUGCAGAGGUUCAUUCUGCUGGAUGAUGAUUUUUCCUGUUUCACCUUCCCAAUCUUCAUGCCACGAUGUGUUGCAGACACACUGUCUCCUCUGAAGAUACGGAUGAAUUUCUGGCAAACUCGGAUGAUGGUGGGACACUCAAUGGCUGUUCUUGAUAUCGACAGCAGGACAGAAGAGAAUGCUGAGGUUCAGUUGAUGUGAUUGUGUCGUGGUUUGUGCGCACAUGAGCCUUGUUGCGGUGACCGAUUUAAACGCUGUGCUUCUGCUAGUUGUGGUUGCUGCUUAGGCCAUCUGCCAGCCCCCAUUUCAAUUUUGGCUGUUGUUUUUAUUGAGCAUCCAUACACUCACUGAUACAACACUUCACGUUCAUACAUUUAUAUACAUGACUGACUGACACAACUGAUUACUGCUGUUCUGAUUAUGUUGCCGUUGCUUUGUGUUAAUAAAUACUUUUUCUAGAUUA